AUGCCCAGUAUGCCACAACCGAAAACCGUCAAGUAUGCUCCCGUACUACAUAAUGAUUCAUCAAUAGAUAUCACUGUACAAGAGAUGGAACACUCCUCCCUGGUGUUCUCCCCUCUCCCUUCUCCAUACUCACCCACCCUUUCUUCCGCAUCUUCCACAACAUUGACAAUUCAAGGAAUGACAUGUGGGGCAUGCUCUGCUUCGAUCACCGAAUCAUUAAAGUCGACUCCUGGUGUUAUAGACGCCUCGAUCUCCUUGAUUACCGAAAACGGGUUAAUCACUCACGAUUCCAGCAUCAUAACUGCACAACAAAUCAAACAAACAAUCGAAGAUUGCGGAUUUGAUGCCCAGAUUCAAUCUUCUACUAAUAUAAUGAAGGAACAACCGUCAAGUCGCAGCGAUAUUCAAGAUGAAGAAGACACCAAUCUUCAAAUUGUUGGUAUUAGCAGUGCUGUUGAUGUCAGUGCGUUACGUUACAAUAUAGAGGCAUAUUUACACAGCUGUCCUGGUGUCAUAGAGUUUGUGCUUGUGCUAAGAAACAAUAGUAAUGAUAUUACCCAAGAAGACCAAUUAGAACAAUCUGAAGAUAGCACGGUAUUGACUGAUGAAAUAUCAAUCAAGUUUCAACCUUCUGCCGUUGGAAUAAGAGAUUUGGUUGACGGUUUGAAUGUGAUUGAACCUGGUGUUGAAUUUGUGGUUAUGAAUUCCUUGGAUCAAUCUUCGGCCGCUCAAUUAAAAUUAUUAUCUAAGGUGAAAGAUAUUGAAUACUGGAGAAAUAAUUGUAUCAAGUGUGUGAUAUUUGGUUUGCCCUGCGUUGUUCUUGAACAUGUUGAACAAAUGGAAUUCUGGAGAAGCAAGCUUGUAUUCCCUGGUCUUUUCUGGGUCACUUUAAUCCAAUUUGUUCUUGCAUCUUAUAUUCAAUUCAUUCUUGGUGCCGUCUUCAUCAAGAAAUUUAUUGCUUUUGUCCGUAAUGGAUUUAAAGGAGCCAGUAUGGAUGUUUUGAUUUGUAUCUCCACUGUGGUUUCGUACUUGUUUUCCUUAACCACAAUUACCCUUAGUGUUUGGUAUGGGGAAAAGGAACAUCCUCCAAAGGUCUUGUUUGACACUAUGGUUAUGAUUAUCUUGUUCAUUUCCUUGGGUAAGUUAUUAGAAAACAAAGCCAAGGGAGCCACUUCUACCGCAUUGUCCAAAUUACUUUCAUUAACCCCAUCUACAUGUGUCAUCGUCAAGGACGUAGCUGAUUACCAAUUAUUCAUGCAGCAACAAUCAGAAAAGACUUCUGCUGGUGCCAUUCAAGAUUUCGCCACCAGAACAAUCAGUAUUGAUUUGGUUCAACCUAAUGAUAUUGCCAUUGUUUUACCUGGAGGUAAAAUCCCUGCUGAUGGAACCAUUGUAUUUGGAGAAACUGAAAUUGACGAAUCAUUAAUCACAGGUGAAUCGCUUCCUGUCCAUAAACUCCGUGGUGAUCCUGUUAUUGGUGGUUCUGUAAACGGUCCUCAUUUAAUCCAUAUUCAAGUUUCUAAAACUGGAAAGAAAUCUCAACUUCAACAAAUCAUCAACCUUGUCAAAGAUUCACAAGUUAACAAGGCUCCAGUACAAAGAUACUCCGAUUACCUUGCUGCUAGAUUCAUCCCUGCCGUUAUCUUGCUUUCUAUUGUCACCUUUAUCUUGUGGCUGAUUGUAUGUUACACGAUCCAUCCAGACAAGUUACCAAAAAUCUUUGUUAAAGAUGCCAAUGGAAAAUUAUUUGUCUGUUUGAAAUUGGCCAUUUCCGUCAUUGUAGUUGCAUGUCCAUGUGCCCUUGGUUUAGCUGCUCCUACUGCUGUAAUGGUCGGUACCGGUGUAGGUGCUAGCAAUGGUGUAUUGAUCAAAGGUGGUGACAUCUUGGAGAAAGCCACUGGUAUUAAUGUCAUUCUUUUCGAUAAGACAGGAACUUUAACCACGGGUGAAAUGUCCCUCGUUAGCGCAACUCCAAAAAUUGAAAACUUGAAAUUAACUGUGAAGGACUGGUGGAACUUGAUUGGAUCAGUGGAGUGCAACUCGGAACAUCCAACUGGGAGAGCAUUGACCAAAAUCGCCAAGAAUCAGUUGAACAUGAAUUUUGACGAAGAUCAAUUUGAUACAAUCAUUGAUGAAGUCAAGGUUGUUACUGGUGCUGGUAUCCAUGCCAAUGUUCAAUUACCUUCUGGUGACAAGUACAAUGUGCAAAUUGGUAAUCACAAGCUAAUUGAAACCUUGUGCCCUCAAUUCUUACCUGAUGUUCAAAAAUUAAACUUGGAUAACUCAAACAACACUUUAUCACACGUGAUUAUCAACAAUCAAUAUUGUGGGUACAUAGAGUUGAAGGACACCCUCAAGGAUGGUUCUUGGGAUGUAGUACAUUACUUACAGCGUCAAGGAUAUAUUGUUGGUAUGGUUACCGGUGACAAACGAGGGGCCGCUUGGAAAAUUGGAAGAGAAGUUGGUAUUCCAGAAUCAAAUAUCUUUUAUGAAGUGUCUCCAAUCCAUAAAGAUGCCGUUAUAACUGAUCUCAAGAACAGAUUAGGUGGUAAUGAUAAUGUCAAGGUCGCCUUUAUCGGUGAUGGUAUCAAUGAUGCUCCUGCAUUAGCCAACGCGGACAUUGGUAUGGCGAUUAGUUCGGGGACAGAUAUCGCCAUUGAAAGUGCUGAUGUUGUUUUGCUUGGAAGCAGUAAGAAACAACAGACCGAUCUUCACGGCGUCAUUAAUGCCCUUCAGAUCUCCAACGCCACAUUCACUAGAAUUAAGGUAAAUUUUGUGUGGGCUGCCGGGUAUAAUUUCCUCAUGUUACCUUUUGCCAUGGGUUGCUUCCUUCCGUUGAAUGUGAUGUUACCUCCAAUUGCCGCAAGUGCGGCUAUGAUGUUGAGUUCCGUUAGUGUGGUUUUAAGUUCAUUGUUUUUGAAGAAUUGGAAAUCUCCUGUGAUUUCAUCAGGGGCUAGAGGUAAGGAAGAUUUGGAAGCUGGGACAAGCACGUUUAAUUUAAAGACUGGUACGCUUGAAGAAUUUAAUGAAGUCAAGAGAACUCGUGGGUUUAGAAUUGGUAGAUUGUUUUCUAUGUUUAAGUUCCACAAGAGAGAAACGAAGUUUGUGAAUCAUGAAUAUGAAUUGGUGCCUACUCAAUCAAGAAAUUAA